UCUGCUACUAGUGAGAGGAAGAUGGCGGCCGCGGCUGUGGUGGUUCCCGCAGAGUGGAUAAAGAACUGGGAGAAAUCAGGGAGAGGCGAAUUUUUGCAUUUAUGUCGGAUCCUCAGUGAAAAUAAAAGCCAUGAUAGUUCAACAUACAGAGAUUUCCAGCAAGCUCUCUAUGAAUUGUCAUAUCAUGUAAUUAAAGGAAAUCUAAAGCAUGAACAGGCAUCUAAUGUUCUUAGUGACAUUAGUGAAUUUCGUGAGGAUAUGCCCUCCAUUCUUGCUGAUGUAUUCUGCAUAUUAGAUAUUGAGACAAAUUGUUUAGAAGAAAAAAGCAAGAGAGACUAUUUUACACAGUUGGUAUUAGCAUGUUUGUAUUUAGUUUCAGACACAGUUCUAAAGGAACGCCUGGAUCCAGAAACACUGGAAUCAUUAGGGCUUAUCAAACAAUCACAGCAAUUCAAUCAAAAGUCAGUUAAAAUCAAGACAAAACUCUUUUAUAAGCAGCAAAAAUUCAAUUUGUUAAGAGAAGAGAAUGAAGGUUAUGCCAAGCUGAUUGCUGAAUUGGGGCAAGAUUUAUCUGGAAGUAUUACUAGUGAUUUAAUCUUAGAAAAUAUCAAAUCUUUAAUAGGAUGCUUUAAUCUGGAUCCCAAUAGAGUUUUGGAUGUCAUUUUAGAAGUGUUUGAAUGCAGGCCAGAACACGAUGACUUCUUUAUAUCUUUGUUAGAAUCUUACAUGAGUAUGUGUGAACCGCAAACACUGUGUCAUAUUCUUGGGUUCAAAUUCAAGUUUUACCAGGAACCAAAUGGCGAGACACCAUCAUCUUUAUACAGAGUUGCAGCAGUACUUCUACAAUUUAAUCUUAUUGAUUUAGAUGAUCUUUAUGUACAUCUUCUUCCGGCUGAUAAUUGCAUUAUGGAUGAACACAAACGAGAAAUUGCGGAAGCUAAGCAAAUUGUUAGAAAGCUUACGAUGGUUGUGUUGUCUUCUGAAAAAAUGGAUGAGCGAGAGAAAGAGAAGGAAAAAGAAGAGGAGAAAGUAGAGAAACCACCUGAUAACCAAAAACUUGGCUUGUUGGAAGCCUUAUUAAAGAUCGGUGAUUGGCAACAUGCACAGAACAUUAUGGAUCAGAUGCCUCCAUACUAUGCAGCUUCACACAAGCUAAUAGCCCUUGCUAUUUGCAAGCUCAUUCAUAUAACUAUUGAGCCUCUCUACCGAAGAGUUGGCGUUCCUAAAGGUGCUAAAGGCUCACCUGUUAAUGCUUUGCAAAACAAGAGGGCACCAAAACAAGCUGAGAGCUUUGAAGAUUUGAGGAGAGACGUGUUCAAUAUGUUCUGUUACCUUGGUCCUCACCUUUCUCACGAUCCCAUUUUAUUUGCAAAAGUGGUGCGCAUAGGCAAGUCAUUUAUGAAGGAGUUUCAGUCUGAUGGAAGCAAACAAGAAGAUAAAGAAAAAACGGAAGUUAUCCUUAGCUGUUUGCUUAGCAUUACUGACCAGGUACUACUUCCAUCUCUUUCUUUGAUGGACUGCAAUGCUUGUAUGUCUGAGGAACUAUGGGGAAUGUUUAAAACAUUUCCAUAUCAGCAUAGAUAUCGUCUGUAUGGCCAGUGGAAGAAUGAAACUUAUAACAGUCACCCACUUUUAGUAAAAGUUAAAGCUCAAACAAUAGACAGAGCCAAAUAUAUCAUGAAGCGCCUAACCAAGGAAAAUGUGAAGCCUUCUGGAAGACAAAUUGGGAAGUUGAGCCACAGCAAUCCAACCAUUUUGUUUGAUUAUAUCUUGUCACAAAUACAGAAGUAUGAUAACUUAAUAACACCUGUAGUAGAUUCAUUGAAAUACCUCACUUCAUUGAAUUAUGAUGUCUUGGCCUAUUGUAUCAUUGAAGCUUUAGCUAAUCCAGAAAAGGAAAGAAUGAAACAUGAUGACACAACCAUCUCAAGCUGGCUUCAGAGUCUGGCUAGUUUCUGUGGUGCAGUUUUUCGUAAAUAUCCAAUUGAUCUUGCCGGUCUUCUUCAGUAUGUUGCCAAUCAGCUAAAGGCGGGCAAAAGUUUUGACCUGCUUAUAUUGAAAGAAGUGGUACAAAAAAUGGCAGGAAUAGAAAUUACAGAGGAAAUGACAAUGGAGCAACUAGAGGCUAUGACUGGUGGAGAGCAGCUAAAAGCUGAGGGUGGUUAUUUUGGUCAGAUCAGAAACACUAAAAAAUCCUCUCAGAGAUUAAAGGAUGCUCUAUUGGACCAUGAUCUUGCCCUUCCUCUCUGUCUGCUUAUGGCUCAGCAGAGAAAUGGAGUAAUCUUUCAGGAAGGUGGAGAGAAACAUUUGAAACUUGUGGGAAAGCUCUAUGACCAGUGUCAUGAUACCCUGGUGCAGUUUGGUGGGUUUUUAGCAUCUAAUCUGAGCACAGAAGAUUAUAUAAAGCGAGUGCCUUCAAUUGAUGUACUCUGUAAUGAAUUUCAUACACCCCAUGAUGCAGCAUUUUUCCUGUCUAGGCCAAUGUAUGCCCAUCAUAUUUCGUCAAAGUAUGAUGAACUUAAAAAAUCAGAAAAGGGAAGUAAACAGCAACAUAAAGUUCAUAAGUACAUUACAUCAUGUGAGAUGGUGAUGGCGCCUGUCCAUGAAGCAGUGGUCUCCUUACAUGUUUCCAAAGUCUGGGAUGACAUCAGCCCUCAAUUCUAUGCUACAUUCUGGUCAUUGACAAUGUAUGACCUUGCAGUUCCACACACCAGCUAUGAACGAGAAGUCAAUAAACUUAAAGUCCAGAUGAAAGCAAUUGACGACAAUCAGGAAAUGCCCCCAAAUAAAAAGAAAAAAGAGAAGGAGCGCUGUACUGCCCUUCAGGACAAGCUUCUUGAAGAAGAAAAGAAACAGAUGGAACAUGUACAGAGAGUUCUACAGAGAUUGAAACUGGAAAAGGACAACUGGCUUUUAGCAAAAUCUACCAAAAAUGAGACCAUCACAAAAUUUCUACAGCUGUGUAUAUUUCCUCGAUGUAUUUUUUCAGCAAUUGAUGCUGUUUACUGUGCUCGUUUUGUUGAAUUGGUACAUCAACAGAAAACUCCAAAUUUUUCCACACUUCUUUGCUAUGAUCGAGUUUUCUCUGACAUAAUUUACACAGUUGCAAGCUGUACUGAAAAUGAAGCCAGUCGAUACGGAAGGUUUCUUUGCUGCAUGUUAGAGACUGUGACCAGGUGGCAUAGUGAUAGAGCCACAUAUGAAAAGGAAUGUGGAAACUAUCCAGGAUUCCUUACCAUAUUACGGGCAACUGGAUUUGAUGGUGGAAAUAAGGCUGAUCAAUUAGACUAUGAAAAUUUUCGACAUGUUGUACAUAAAUGGCAUUACAAACUAACCAAGGCAUCGGUACAUUGCCUUGAAACAGGCGAAUAUACUCACAUCAGGAAUAUCUUGAUUGUGCUAACAAAAAUACUUCCUUGGUACCCAAAAGUUUUGAAUCUGGGUCAAGCUUUGGAAAGAAGAGUACACAAAAUCUGCCAAGAAGAAAAAGAGAAGAGGCCAGAUCUAUAUGCAUUGGCUAUGGGCUACUCUGGGCAGUUGAAAAGUAGAAAGUCAUACAUGAUACCUGAAAAUGAGUUUCAUCACAAAGACCCCCCUCCGAGGAAUGCAGUUGCCAGUGUGCAAAAUGGGCCUGGUGGUGGGCCUUCUUCAUCAUCAAUAGGAAGUGCAUCUAAAUCGGAUGAAAGCAGUACUGAGGAGACUGAUAAAUCAAGGGAGAGAUCUCAGUGUGGUGUGAAAGCUGUUAAUAAAGCUUCUAGUACCACACCUAAAGGGAAUUCAAGCAAUGGAAAUAGUGGCUCUAACAGCAACAAAGCUGUUAAAGAAAAUGACAAAGAAAAAGGGAAAGAGAAAGAAAAAGAGAAAAAAGAAAAGACUCCAGCUACUACUCCAGAGGCCAGGGUACUUGGUAAAGAUGGUAAAGAAAAACCAAAGGAAGAGCGGCCAAAUAAAGAUGAAAAAGCAAGAGAGACCAAGGAAAGAACGCCGAAGUCUGACAAAGAGAAAGAAAAAUUCAAGAAGGAAGAAAAAGCUAAAGAUGAGAAAUUUAAGACCACUGUCCCCAACGCAGAAUCAAAAUCAACUCAAGAAAGGGAAAGAGAGAAGGAGCCAUCCAGAGAAAGAGAUAUAGCAAAGGAAAUGAAAUCAAAGGAAAAUGUUAAAGGAGGAGAAAAAACGCCAGUUUCUGGGUCCUUGAAAUCACCUGUUCCCAGAUCAGAUAUUCCAGAGCCUGAAAGGGAACAAAAACGCCGCAAAAUUGAUACUCACCCUUCUCCAUCACAUUCCUCCACAGUAAAGGUUACAGCCAUACUUCCCAAAGUUCCUCUGGGUUCUGAGAACUAUGCCAGCUUACCUGUCAUCUCCAUUCAUUUUCUACAGGACAGUCUCAUCGAACUCAAGGAAUCUUCAGCAAAGCUCUACAUUAAUCAUACUCCUCCACCACUGUCCAAGAGUAAGGAGAGAGAAAUGGACAAGAAAGAUUUGGACAAGUCAAGGGAAAGAUCCAGAGAAAGAGAGAAAAAAGAUGAAAAGGACAGGAAAGAGCGGAAAAGGGAUCACUCAAACAACGACCGUGAAGUGCCACCGGACUUAACCAAGAGACGUAAAGAGGAGAAUGGAACAAUGGGGGUUUCAAAACAUAAAAGUGAAAGUCCUUGUGAAUCUCCUUAUCCAAAUGAGAAAGACAAGGAAAAAAAUAAGUCAAAAUCUUCAGGCAAAGAAAAAGGCAGUGAUUCAUUUAAAUCUGAGAAGAUGGAUAAAAUCUCCUCCGGUGGCAAAAAGGAGUCCAGGCAUGAUAAAGAAAAGAUAGAAAAGAAAGAGAAACGGGACAGUUCAGGAGGAAAGGAAGAGAAGAAACAUCAUAAGUCCUCGGACAAGCACAGAUAAUGAAGACUUUCCAUCAAGGCUAUGGACAGACCCCCUAAGCCGAAAGUCUCCCAGAGGAGGAUGCCAAAGCUCCAUGUGUCACUCUCAGAAUGAUAUCUCCCAUAAUUAAGAGCUUCUGGUGCUGUCCAUUUAAUGGGAAUCUGCUUUAAGUCAGAAGAUGAAUACACACCACCAUCCUCUUGACGAGACAUUCCAAAGUCACUGAUUUUCAGAACAUUAUUUUCACCUCCAGGCAGUUUCUUACAGCAAGGUCCCUGUGUAUACAUUUUUUACUCGAGAUACACCAUCCAGAGUCAGCAUCUAAUGAAAAUUUCACUAACUGAGUUUUAGUUCAUUCUUUCUCUGAAAGGAGAGGAAAUCGCCUCCAGGAACCAGUUCCUUAAUGACGUAGAUAGGCCGUCUUUGUGUGCGAACUCCUAUACUUUUGACAUUACUGGGAUGAUUAUAUUGCUUGAGGAUUUUGGCUUCUAGUAAAAAUUUUAAUUUCAGUUCCUGGGGAAGACGUUCUUGACAUGUUUUAACAGCAACAGCAAUUUUAUCCUUUAAUGUGACCUUAAAUGUGUCACCAAAAUUUCCCUUGCCUCUUGUAACGUGACAUCUUUAUGAUUGAGAACCCAUUUCUUAUUCUCCUAAUGGCCAUACUGUGAUACCAUGAUGCUGUUAAUUGGAGCAUUGACUUUUUUUUUUGCAAUUUAAACAAUUGAGAUAAAAUUCAUAUAACAUCAAAUUUACCUUUCACUUUUUUUUUUUUUCUUUUGGAGACCAAGUCUCGCUGUUGUCUCCCAGGCUGGAGUGCAGUGGCGCAAUCUCAGCUCAGUGUGACCUCCGCCUCCCGGGUUCAAGCAAUUCUCCUUCCUCAGCCUCCUGAGUAGCUGGGACUACAGGCGUGCACCACCACGCCUGGCUAAUUUUUGUAUUUUUAGUAGAGAUAGGGGUUUCACCAUGUUAGCCAGGAUGGUCUCGAUCUCCUGACCUGGUGAUCCACCUGCCUCGGCCUCCCAAAGUGUUGGGAUUAUAAGCGUGAGCCAUCACGCCUGGCCUCAAACUUGCCAUUUUAAAGUGUACAAUUCAAUGGUUUUUAGUAUAUCCACUGUGUUGUGCAAGCAUCACCGCUGUGUAAUUCCAGAGCAUUUCUGUCACCCCAAAAAGAAACUCCAUGCCUAUUAGCAGUCACUCCCAAUUCUUCCCUUCCUCGGCCCCUGGAAACCAGUAAUGUACUUUCUGUCUCUGUGAUUUUGCCUGUUUUGGACAUUUCAUUUAAAUGGAAUUAUGCAAUAAUUUGUGGCCUUUUGUGUUUGGCUUUCACUUAGCAUCAUGUUCUCAAGGCUCAUCCAUGUUGUGGCAUGUAUCAGUACUCCAUUCCUUUUUAUGGCUAAAUGAUGUUUCAUUGUAUGAGUGUGUACCACAUUUUAUUUAUCCAUUCAGCAAUUAAUGGACAGGAACAAUGGCUUUUAAGUAUUAAAUUGUAAGUUCAACAUUAAAUGUAUCCACAGUUAUUGAUAAUAUCAAGAUUAUACAUGGUGUGAACAGAAUGCUGUGUAGAAAUGGUAUGUAAAUUAUUUGUCAGCGUUUCAUGUAAGUGAUUAUUUUCUAAGGACCCUUCUAGCCCUGGUUUUAAGAAAUAUGUGAAUGUAGUAUUUUCAUCAAUAAAGUUUAAUGCAUUAAGCAUUAGCUUAAAAUUUGAAUGAAGGCAGAUGUGAAGAUAUUUGCCACAUGUUGUAAUAAUCAUGUUUUGAAAUUAUUUCAAUAUGAAGUAUUUGAAAAAUGUCAAUACAUAAAGGAAAGGAAAUGAGUAUAAUUAAGUCAAUAUAUUUUUAAAGCAAUUUUUAUAAUUUAGCAGACACUGCAUCUUAAUAUAAGUUACUAUUAAAAUUGUGUCCUUGUGAAAAAUAUGAUGCCAUUUUCCUUUUUUUGUUGAUCAUGUAAAAUAGGUUACUUUUCUUUGCUACAUUUUCUAUUUACUUUUAAUAAGCUAUUGCUUGCCCUUGUGGAAUGUUUUACUUGUUGCUCCAUUUUUUUCUCCCUACCCCCACCCCUCUCUCCCACACGCACACAAUGUUCAAUUUUUUUUUUAAGUCAUCAGUAGUGUGUUUAUCUUUAAUGGAUUCUAAGAAUGGACAAAAAGAAACACACAAAUAUUUCAUCCUUUUCUGGGGACUCAAGUCUUUGUUACCGAUGGAACUCAUUAACUUCUCGUUCUUUCUUAAAUCUUCCUCCCUCCUUACCUUUUCCUCUCCUUCCUUCUCUUCUUCUUCCUUUCUUCUCCCCUCCCUCCCUCCCUCCCUCCAUCUUUCAUUCUCCUUCUCUCCUUCUCCCUUCCUUUUCUCCUACCUCCUUUGACUAACCCUCCCUCCCCUACUCCCUCCUUUCCUUCCUUCCUUCCUUCUUCUCUAUCAAUAUAAUCACUUUGUUUCUUUCAGGUGAGAUUGGACUGGAACUGUUCGGCUGCGACCAGAAAUUUAUUUUCCUGAGUAAAUUGCCAAGAAUUAAGAAUGAAGAGGGCCAUUUGCAUCUCCUUAAAUUAUUCAGUUAUCUGCUUUAUUGCUCCAUGUGGAAAACUUAAAAUUGUUAAGUUGUGCAUUACUGUAUUUUAACUUGUUGCUUAGUUUCUACAUGUUUAUUUUCAGUAAUGGCUGAAAGUGUUAACUGUUCCAUACUUUUAGCACAAUGUGCUGCAUAAGGUUACCUGUGUACAGAGUUUUACUUUAACUAAAUAUUGCCUGGGUUCAGUUUUUAUUUCCAUUCUGAAAUGCUUCCUUUUUAUUGUUUGAAACUGAAAAUAAACAAUUGUUGAACCCUUUUGAUUUUACCUCAUUUUAAAACUGUUUUAAUUUAUUAUUUGGCUUGUUCUUAAUAUUAGUCACUAAAAGCAGUGGGAGCAUUGUCUUAUGAAAUGCUUAGGAAUCAUUUUAUAUGGUACAUGUACAACAUUAAACGUGUUUAAAAAAGAAAAAGGUACCAGCGAUCACUUGUCCCUUGCCAUUUUUUCUUGUAAUUAUGUUAGACAAAUCUUGGCGGCGGGGGGAUCAAAACAUAAUUGUUUUAAUUCUACAGCUGUAGGAGCUUUGUAUUGCUGAACUUUCGUCUGGAAAAGUUUCACAGUGACAUUUUUAAAAGAGAAUUUUUUUAUCUACCGAAUUCUACCAGUGUAACCUUUUUUCUAAAUAAACAAUAGUUUUCUCAAA